GUCCGGAAAGUCAGCGCGUGUCUGUAGGGACUUUCACAGAUGUCUCGUGAUCCCUCUUUUCUCAUUUUUCAAUUAAAUAAUUGAUCCAGCACACCACCUUCAGGGAUUCUGGUUCCAGGUACAGAACUGGUAGACUGAAGCUGGUGAAAUGGGUCUGGUGCCCAUCAGGUCUUCGUUUCACGUUGGUUAAAACCGGAUUGGAUCCAUUCCCCUUGAACUAAAAAUACGAACGCCUCUGUCGGGCGGAGGGGUUUGCGCUAAUCAAAACCAUCGCUCGGCCAAGGCGCCCACCGUGUCGAUGAGCUCUGGUGGGGAGGAGCGGGAGGGGAAGGGGCUGGCCAGGGCUGGGAGGACCUCGCUUUUCGGAGAGGCUGGGCUCAGCGGCUCUCCGAGCCCCGCUGCUCGAGGGCUUGGCCCGGCAGGACCUGCUCGUCCCAGCCGAGCCGAUGGCUGCUCCUCAGCCAGGACAGGGCACUUCCCCGCAGCCGCGCUCGCUUUUCGGCACCGCGACCUGGAGCUCAUGAAUUCCCCAAAGCCUAUUUAACAGGAAUGAGCCUUGCGAAGCUGCCUCCAUGUAUUUCUCUGGAGAUGAAAGCACGGGGCCUCCUUUUCUCCCAGACGCCUGGAUUCUGCCUGGGGGUGCUCCUGCAGUCUGGGGCUGAUUUAUACCAGUAAACCCUGCACGAUGCCUCCCAUCACAUUCCAGGACCUGCCACUGAACAUCUACAUGGUCAUUUUUGGCACCGGCAUCUUUGUCUUCGUGCUCAGCCUCAUCUUCUGCUGCUACUUCAUCAGCAAACUGCGGCACCAGGCUCAGAGCGAGCGGUGUGGGUACAAGGAGGUGGUUUUGAAAGGGGAUGCCCGGCGGCUGAACGUGCACGGGCAGACCUGCGCCGUCUGCCUGGAAGAUUUUAGGGUGAAGGAGGAGCUGGGGGUGCUGCCGUGCCAGCACGCCUUCCACAGAAAGUGCCUGGGGAAGUGGCUGGAGAUUCGCUGCGUCUGCCCCAUGUGCAACAAGCCGCUGGCGGGGCCGGCGCAGCCCCGCGCCGGUAUCGGCACCCUCCUGGAUGAACUGGUGUGAGCGGCCCCACGCCUCGACGGCCAAAUCCUGCCGGGACCCACGGGCGGCAUCACCCGGCCCCGCGUGUCCCCUGUGGGGUGGGAAGUAGCGGGGGGGGGGGGGGGGGGGGGGGGAGGGGGCGUAACUAACACUUCGUCUCGUAGGAUUUGGUGAUUUCUCAGUCGGGAUUUUUUAACUCGCAGGUCGCUGCUUUG